AGGAGAGUUUUUAGCAUGUCUGGACGUGGCAAGGGAGGGAAAGGCCUUGGCAAGGGGGGCGCCAAACGCCACCGCAAAGUUCUGCGCGACAAUAUCCAGGGCAUCACCAAGCCUGCCAUUCGGCGCUUGGCCCGUCGCGGCGGAGUUAAGCGCAUCUCCGGCCUCAUUUAUGAGGAGACCCGCGGGGUGCUCAAGGUUUUCUUGGAGAACGUGAUCCGGGACGCCGUCACCUACACGGAGCACGCCAAGCGCAAGACUGUGACCGCCAUGGAUGUGGUCUACGCGCUCAAGCGCCAGGGCCGCACCCUCUACGGCUUCGGCGGCUAAAAUCGCUCACUUAACACCAACAUCUCAACCAAAGGCCCUUUUCAGGGCCGCCCACAUUUUCUGUGAAAGAGCUAACCUGUUUUUUCUUUGUUCGCGUUCAUCUGUUAACCUGAGUAACGUGGUAGUUGCGUUUUGUGCCGAGUGCAGAGAUAAGAUGUUUCUAAAUUGUUGAGUUGAAUUUAGUUUCUAUUAGAUAAUCGGCACGGUUAGUGACGACUGGAGGGUGGUUGGGUGAACGUUGUACUUGGGCGCUGUAAACUUUCAGUGUUUAUGUGGAGGUGGGACUGUUCUGUAAUAAGGCAAUGCUAGCGAAUCCUUUUUCGCCUGUGUUCCAGCUCAAGAUGGCGGGGAGCGAGAGGAAUAAGGAGCGCCCGCGCGUUGUUGGGGGAACAAAGCGGAGCCGAGCUGCUCGGCGCGCUGGCAGCUGCGUGGGUCGCAGGCCAGGCAAGGCUGCGCGCUGCUGUGCUGCCGAAUGCACCUGGCGUGUAAAGAGUGCUCGCCGAGGGAAGAAUAAAGGCACAGG